AUGCCCCCCACCCCCACCGACAAGGGCUCCUCCCGCAACGCCGCAGCCCAUCCCUACCAGCGUCCGGCCCCCUCCGCCCCAGCCCACGUGUCGCCCUCUACCUCCAAGGCCUCCAAGAAGAGCAAGAAGAAGGCCAAGCGGGAGAAGAAGGAAUCAAUCGUGUGUCAACCGACAGCGAAUUCCGUCACAUCCCUCGCCGGACCCUCUCCGGACAAGAAAAGGACCAAAAAGAAGAGAAAAAGUCAUUCACGAGAGAUGCAGCCCAGUGAUGCGCCCCUUGCAGCCGUCGUUCCCGUACCACCCAAACCUGCCGCCAACGCUGCUUCGUGCCGCGACGCGGGUCCGUCUUCUAUUGCACCCAUUGUCCUCCCCAAGAAACCUGUUCUUGCCGACUCUGAGACCAAUGUACCGGUCUCCUCUCCUGCCCAAACGAUAGCGGGUGACCGGCCACAAAAGUCUAGUAUAGACCGAGAGGUCGCACGUAUGCGAGAAGAAGCAAAGCAACGCGAGGCUUCCAGACUGGAGCUUUCUCGCGCUCAUGAAGAGAUUGAACAAUUGAAGAUAGCGACAGAGGUGGCCAAGAAGCAACAAGAAGACAUGCAGAGAAAGGUGGAAGAGCUUGAAAAGGCGGCUGCCCAGGGCGAGGAGCAGAAGAAAGCCUUUGAUGGUGUCCUACAACGUCACGAUGCCACCAAGAAUGACCUUACGGAAGCCCUCUCCUGUAAUGUCUGCUUUGAUAUCUACCGGGACCCCUAUAUACUUUCAUGUGGACACAUGGCUUGCAAAGAAUGCCUUCACCAGUGGUUCCGAUCUUCAGCCUCGUUCCGUCAACCCCUCGUUUCUGGCGAGAUCUCUCCUCUCAGUGACGUUUCCCAUCGAACCAAGAUUUGCCACAUGUGCCGUUGCAACAUCGUUCGUCGUCCCACCCGCGCAUUCUUCCUCCGCACUAUCCUCGAGCCUCUCGGCCUUUAUAACAACACUAUCGAAGAGGGCAGCGGCAACCAGGCUGGGCCUUCCGAUCCUUGGCAUUUAACUUUUCCAGUCGAUCCUCAGUCUCACAAGCUCCAUGACGAGGCAGAUGGCAUUUGGCGAUGCCCCGAGUGCCUCGGUGAAAUUGCAGAUGGGGCGUGUCUUGGUUGCGAAUUGGAGUUUAGCGAAAGCGAGGGAGACGAAGAGGAUGAGGGAGAUUGGGAUCAUGCGGACGGUCGGAUCGCAAAUAUUAUGAGCGAUAUGUUUGAGGGCGUCUAUCGCCGGGUGAACGAAGGUUUGAGGAAUGAAGGAGAUGCUGGAGACGAGAGCGACUCGUCCUCUGAAUCAUCCCAUGCUUGGGAAAGGCCCAUCAGACAAAGUCCGCCACCCCGCGCCAACCCGUGGCUCGGGGGAUCGGACCAUGACGAACACUCAGGGUCCGAGGAAGACGGCUACGAGGAUUCCUUCAUUGAUGACGAUGAGCCGGAAGCGCUGAGUGGAGAGGACGACACCUUUUUGGAUGAUAGCUUUGUGGAUGAUGAGAGCGACGAGAGAAUUCCAGCCAGAGGCGGGCCGCCUCCAAGGGUGCAAACUAUAGCCAGCGAUACUGAAGAUGAGAACGACCAGCCUGUCUUCAUGGGGCGAGGGCGCAGGACGAACGGACGAGUAGUCAUAGCUGACAGCGACAGCAGCAGCGACGAAGAGGAAUGA